AUCUAUCAAGGUCAAGGAGAGCCGUGAGUUGGCUACUUUGAGCUAGCCUGCUCGCUUGUCACUCUAAGGAAAUUAGAGACUGUCCUGCUCCUGCGCCGCCACGGCUUUAAAACAACCUCACCACCUCUGCUCCCUGCCGGAAUCCACACACACACCACGCCACACGCAGGUCGCAGGCACGAGCACACCCCCACUAGAGGUAGAGUGCCUGCGUGCAUCGACCGCAGAAAAAGGAAAAGAAAAAGUGGCAGCAUGAGCUCGCCACCUCUGUUCGGCAACGGCAAGGGCCUCAAGGCCGUGUGCCGCCGCGUGGUGGACAACAUCCUCGCCGUCGUGACGGUGCCGCUCACGGCCGCCGCGCUGGUCGCCAUGGCGCGGUUCGGGCCGGAGGAACAACUGGCCGGCCAGUUCCGCGAGGCGCGGCCCGUGCACGUCUUCUUGGCGGCGUUCGUCCCUGCCGCGGCUGCCACGGUGUACCUGAUGCUGCGCCCGCGCGCGGUGUACCUGGUGGACUACGCCUGCUUCCGCACGGCGUCCAACUGCCGCGUCCCCUUCUCCACGUUCCUGGAGCACGCCAAGCAGGUGCCCGUGCUCGACGAGCGCAGCAUCCGGUUCAUGACCAAGCUGCUGGAGCGCUCGGGUCUCGGGGAGGAGACGUGCCUGCCCCCCGCGCACCACUACAUCCCGCCCUACAACUACUGCACCCUCGACGCGGCGCGCGGCGAGGUCGACCUCGUCGUCUUCUCCGCGCUCGACGACCUGUUCGCCAAGACGGGCAUCAGCGCCGGCGCCAUCGACAUCGUCGUCGUCAACUGCAGCCUCUUCUGCCCCACGCCGUCCUUCGUCGACAUGAUCGUCCACAGGUACAAGCUGCGCAGCGACGUCCGCAGCGUGCACCUCUCCGGCAUGGGGUGCAGCGCCGGGCUCAUCUCCGUGGGGCUUGCCAGGAACCUCCUCCAGGUCGCUCCGAAAGGCACGCACGCGCUGGUUGUCUCCACGGAGACCAUCACGCCAAACUACUACGUGGGCAGCGAGCGCGCUAUGCUCCUGCCCAACUGCCUGUUCCGCGUAGGCGGCGCCGCGGCGCUGCUGUCGAACUCCCCGGACAAGGCAAGGUUCCGCCUGAAGCACGUCGUGCGCACGCUCACCGGCGCGCAGGACAGCGCGUACACGUGCGUGUUCCAGCAGGAGGACGACAACGGCAACGUGGGCAUCAACCUGAACAAGGACCUGAUGACCAUCGCCGGGAACGCGCUCAAGGCCAACAUCACCGCCAUGGGACCCCUCGUCCUCCCGGCAUCAGAGCAGCUGCUGUUCGCGCUCUCCUUCAUCGCGCGGAAGGUGAUCAGCGGCAAGUUCAAGCCGUACCUGCCGGACUUCCGCACGGCGUUCGAGCACUUCUGCAUCCACGCGGGCGGGCGCGCCGUCAUCGACGAGCUGCAGCGCAGCCUGGGCCUGUCGGACGAGCAGGUAGAGGCGUCGAGGAUGACGCUGCACCGGUUCGGGAACACGUCGAGCAGCUCGCUGUGGUACGAGCUGGCCUACAUGGAGGCCAAGGGGUGUAUGCGGAGGGGUGACCGCGUGUGGAUGAUUGGGUUUGGGUCCGGGUUCAAGUGCAACAGCGCGGCGUGGGAGUGCAUCGAGCCCGCGCGCACCGCCGAGGGACCCUGGGCCACGUCCAUCCACAGGUACCCGGUGCACAUUCCAGACGUGAUGAAGCACUAAUAAUACUAGCUUGACCGUCAACAACAGCGCAUUGGCUAAGAUUAAAUCCCGUGGAAUAAUUGUGACGUAUACAGUAUACAGGGACAUGUCCGUGUUCUGUUUAUUAAUUAAUUCUCAUGUUGAUAGUUAAUAAGGAAAAAGCAUUUCUUCCGUUAUAGUCUCACAGUAGGGUAGUAUAUCACAUCAUGCAUCUGGGCAAAGCCUUGGAACAGGAGUGUACACCCAAACUGUUUGUAACGUCAGAAUCUUACUGUGCAGUCCCCAUAUAUGUAAUUCGUCAGAACUGGUUGCUUGAUGUCUGUUUUUAUUAAUUAAAAGAUAAUCAUCAUAUGUCUGUA